CCACAAGAAGUGAGACAAACUCGUGGCCAUCAGAAGAGACUAAGAUCUCGAGAAGUAGUGAAACAAACGGAUCAAACAAAUGGAUCCCAAAAUUCAAGACAAAAGAGAGUCUAUAAGAAGACAAAGACAUCACAAGAAGUAGUGAAACGAGAAGACAAUGAUUUGGCGGAAGAAGUGGUCACUAAUGAAGACUCGAAUGAGAGGAAGACAUCGACGACAGACACAGACCUCAAGAGUAUUAAAGACAAUGAAAAUCAAAAGCGAUUGAACCGAAAGCCUAAUCGAGUCUUCAAAUUAAAGGUAAUUCAUUGCGAUUACAAAGACUGUGACUAUAAGUGCCGAUCGGACGCAGGACUGGCCUCUCAUAUGAAAUCACAUAACAAUCAAAAGACCGAAACCUAUAGACAGCAACGGCUAUCACUUCACCGCCGGUGCUAUGAUUUGGUCACCAAUUCAUACAUUUGUGACGAAACCGACUGCGAGAAGGAGUUCAAGAAGAUUUGGGACUUAAGACAACACAUAACUCGUACCCAUAUUAACAAAACCAUUUGCUGUGAUUAUACCGAUUGCGGCAAACUAUUCAAAACAUUGGAAGCAAUGAAAGCUCAUUACAGGUAUAUUCACAGCGACGACAAGCCGUAUAAGUGUCCGCACAAUGGCUGCGGACAACGGUUUAUACACAACAGCCGAUUGGAGGCACACGUGGCCUGUCAUGUGACGGACCGGCGGUUUAAAUGCGAUUUCAUUGGCUGUCAUAAGGACUUCAAGACUGGGCCCGAACUCCACUCACACAAACGGAUCCAUAACACGGAACCCACGUUUAAGUGCGCUGUCGAAGGCUGUCGACAACGGUUUCAUUUAUACACUCAACUCGAGAAACACCGACAAAGUGUUCACUCGUGGCCGUCGCGUCGGGUCCGACAUCCGGGUCAUCGGGUGCCGUGUCUUUGGCCGGGCUGUGACUUUAGGGCUGAAAAGCAUAGACUAAAGCAUCACGAAAGGAAACACACGGGUGAGCGGCCGUAUGUCUGCGAUUGGCCAGAAUGUGGCAAACGGUUCGCCCGACCCGACGGCCUGAAGGACCACAAGAAUAUCCACAACAAUGUGAAGCCAUACGCCUGUCAUUGGCCCGGAUGUCAGUACCGGUGCGCCAGUAGUGCCAAUAUAUGCAAACAUUAUAAACAAGUCCAUCAAAAGUGA